CGGUCCCGCGCGGAGGUGGCGGCCGCUGCCUGCCUUUUGCCCGCGCUGAGGGGACCCGCGCGGCGCCGGCCCUGCUGCCCCUUCGCCGCGGCAGCGGCUUCGAGGGUCAGAAAUGACUACCCCAAACAAGACACCACCUGGUGCUGAUCCAAAGCAGUUAGAGAGGACUGGUACUGUUAGAGAAAUAGGCUCACAAGCAGUUUGGUCUCUCUCAUCCUGUAAGCCAGGAUUUGGAGUGGAUCAGUUACGAGAUGAUAAUCUAGAAACUUACUGGCAGUCAGAUGGAUCACAGCCUCAUUUGGUGAACAUCCAAUUUAGAAGAAAAACAACAGUGAAGACAUUAUGUAUUUAUGCAGACUACAAAUCUGAUGAAAGUUACACUCCGAGCAAAAUCUCUGUCAGAGUAGGAAAUAAUUUUCAUAAUCUCCAGGAAAUCCGGCAACUUGAAUUAGUGGAACCAAGCGGCUGGAUUCAUGUUCCUUUAACAGAUACUCAUAAGAAGCCUAUUCGCACGUUUAUGAUUCAGAUUGCUGUUUUAGCUAAUCACCAAAAUGGAAGAGACACUCACAUGAGACAAAUCAAAGUGUACACCCCGGUGGAAGAGAGCUCUAUUGGUAAAUUUCCUAGAUGUACAACAAUUGAUUUCAUGAUGUAUCGCUCCAUAAGAUAAAAUUUCUUAAUGAGAAAUAAUAAAAGCAUUUUUUGAUGGCAGUAUCAUUGCUUAAGUAUUCAAAUACUUAAAAAGCAGGGUUUACUUCAGUGUAAUUAUAUCUUUAUGUUUAUACUUUGUACAAUUUUGAAAUAAAGAUAAUCUUGUGUUACAGUA